AUGGGGGCGCGAUGGGUUCUGACGACCGUGCUGGCCAUGACCUUGAUCAACCCGAUGGGAGGCCAGGACAAUGGCGACGAAAACGGAGGAGAUGCCGCUGAUGAUGAUGGAACUACGACCGAAGAGGAUGAAGCUGAAGAUUACGAGGAUGAAGACACAGGUUCAGAAGGCACCUCAACGGAGGUCAUCGUGGUUGCGGUCCUCCUGUCUGCGUUGGUGUUGGGAAACGUCGCCUGCGCCGCUUGGUAUUUCCUUCGCAGGUGCAAAACGCCACCGACUCGCCUCCCACACCACCGUUCUGGCAUUGCCGACGCGGAGCUGGAUACGCUUCGAAAGAAGGUCGCGACCGAGAAGAGCAGACGCGAAUUGGCCGAAGCCGACAUGGAGGCCGCGCGUCGCCAACUCAACGCUUAUGAAUCUCUCGUGCUUCGCAGUGAGGUGAAGGGAGUACGUCCCGGCAACGAUUUCCCCAGCGUCCGUUCUGUGCUCCAGGAAAUCAAGCAUGGGUUGAUAGACGAUGCUCUCCGAUGGACGGAGAAGGUUUCAACCCUCGGCGGAUCCCAAGCUGGCUUAACCGCGACGAUACGGGCUGUACUGGAGCACACAUUCCAUGUCUGCAGGAAGGAGGCAAUGCGUUGUCUGGACAAUAGGCUUCGGGCGUUCACGGAGUGCCUAGGCGAAGAUGAACCAAUCUCGCUGUCAGGCGAUAAAUCUAUGAAUCUGGAUACGGAGUACGUCCUGUACACGUGCCUCUGCAGAAACUACAAGACGAUCGUGUCGAUGAAGCCAUCCCAGGUGCAAAACCUCGCCGUCACAAUCGUGCAGCGCUGUAAAGGGCACGAGGACCUUGCGGGAAGCAUCACUUCAGGCAACGCAAGGCCCUUUUUCGAUGCCCUCAUGAAACAUUACCUCCAAGUGUUCAUCGUGAUGGGGCUUCAAAACCCCCCCAUGGGCUUCAAGGACGAUGAUCUAGGCAUGAACACGACUUUCGAUGGAUCUCUUCACCGGUACUGGGCGCCGUGCUCCAACACACCCAUCGGGCAGCAGUGCACCAUCGUCUUCCCCUCAAUUGUGUUGGAGGGAGGCCGCGUAAAUAAUGUCGUAAAGAUCGGAGUGGUUCAUGUCCCGGUCUAGUUCAUUAGGUUGGUUUUGUGAGACACAUGAUCGGCACGGGGUUGCAGCGCCGUGAAGGUGGCCGUUUCAUUUUCCAUUUCCUUCCCUCUCAUGAGGCGACAGAUCUUCAGUUGGUGCUGAUUAGAUGGUGACCUGAUCUGGAAGGUGUGUAAUGUUGAUGGUCGUGAUUCAGUUGGGGGGCUUCUGAAACGCGAUCGGGUUAUCCCUUUGGCCGAUAUUUAGAACAGGGUUUUCCUAAGGGAUCCCAACGCGAACAAAGGUCGCGCGGCCUCGCCGCUGCGCAGUUCACCGUAAUUCUUUUCUACGCAUCCGCGGAACUUUUGUGGGUUUGGUGGGGGGUGCGAUUUAAGUCGAGGUGGAUGAAUAGCGAGUAGGUAGGUCUCUAGAACGACGCAUUUGCAGACUCUCGGGAUGCCUUCCAAGCACGGCGACCCUUACAACUUUGUCACGAUCCAUGAAGUGGCUCUGAGAGAGGUAUGUUGAAGAUUAUCGUCUACAACAUUCGCGUCGAGCGUAGUUGGAGUAUCGCAUUGCGGCGAUCAACAGUAGUAUACAGAUGCACCCCGCCGACCAAGAUCACGAGAACGCCCGCCACGCAGAAGAGGGCGCCGUCCGGAUCGAUGAGUUGGUGAACCAGAGGGUACACACAAGCAAGGCGGCAGACCGGGGAGGGCUAGUUAUGUGUGUGUGUGGGGUAUGACGCAGAAGCGCGUUACGCUUUCCACAACGGAAGCAGAGUAUGCGGCAAUUGCCGACGACGUCUUGAAGGAAGUGUGACGC